GUUCAGAGUUGAGUUUGAUUGACACACAUGUCGUCCAUAUCGAGUGUGUGCGGUAGAGUUGAUUCUAAUAAAAAUUGAUGUGCUUUCUCUGCUGAAGACAAAUAUUAAACAUAACUAUCGUCAUAAAGUAAUGAAAUGAGCGUGAAAGCUCCACCUCUCCACAUAGCCUUGCUGUCUGGAUCCGUGGCUGGGAUCUGCGUUGACUUGUCGCUCUACCCUCUGGACACCGUCAAGACACGCCUACAGAGCUCUGCUGGAUUCCUCAAAGCGGGUGGAUUUCGUGGAAUCUUCUCCGGCGUCGGAGCUGCGGCACUCGGUUCAGCACCCACCGCCGGCCUUUUCUUCUGUGCGUACGAGUCCACGAAGCAGUUUGGUACGUCGUUUGGAUUUGUGGGGAGUUUCCAAGAGCCAGUAACGCACUUGUUUGCAGCAUCGAUCGGUGAGGUCACGGCAUGUUUGGUACGAGUGCCCGUGGAGGUGGUGAAGCAACGUGCACAGGCUAGUCGAGGGACCAGCGCCAGUAUCUUGAAGACCGUGCUACGAGAUGAAGGGGCGCGUGGUCUCUACCGUGGUUACUUCAGCACCGUCGUCAGAGAGAUUCCCUUCUCUGCCAUCCAGUUUCCACUCUGGGAGUUUCUAAAAUCAAGCUGGGGUCGUCGGCAAGGAUGCCCCGUGGAACCCUGGCAGUCAUCCCUCUGUGGAGCCAUCGCUGGGGGUGUCGCGGCUGGAUUGACAACCCCACUCGAUGUCGCCAAGACACGGAUUAUUCUGGCGGAGAAGGGUUCGGUCACAGCAAGAGGAAACAUCCCAAGUGUCUUGAAGGAUAUUGCCAGGACCUCAGGAGUCAGGGGUUUAUUCGCAGGACUCGUUCCUAGGACGUUGUGGGUCAGCAUAGGAGGUGCUAUCUUCCUUGGAAUUUAUGAAAAAGUCAAGAUUUCAUUGGUCAAGAUUGAGACCAGCUUGAAAUCUCGAAAUUUAUGAUGCUCCUGAUUGACUGAGAGACUGCUUAUUGAAAUUCUUGAAUUAACUUUAACGACCCCUGGAGACUGCACAAGUAAACUGAUUAUGGGGAUUGGGUUAACUACCAC